AUGUCUUCGAGGACUGAUAGUGACUAUACGGACCACUAUCCACAUGCACCGGAUAAAUUCCGUGACUCUACGAACAAUCACAUCCAGUCUCUCAAAAAAAAAUAUCGUGAAUGCCAUGAUCGAUUGCAUGCCACUGGUGCUGGUGUCGUGCCACAGGACGAAAACACCACUCAGAAUUUACGUGCACAAGUACUCAAAGAAUUUCCGUGGUAUGACGAUCUUGCUAUCAUCUUGAGGGGCAAUCCGGCAUUGUCCCUCAAGACAGUCUCAUCACGCCCAGGAAUGGACCACGCCGCCAACUUUUUCUCAAUCUCUCAUGCAGCUGGGAGCUCAUACUCUAAUGGCCUGAAUUCUGGAAGCGCCCAGUAUGGCUAUGCCCCUGGCACUCUUCCUCCUGGCACUCAUCCUCCUCCUGGCGCUUAUCCUCCUCCUGGGGAUUAUUAUCCUUCUUCCAGCGCUCAUUCUCCUUCCGGCGCUCAUCUUCCUCCCAGGGAUUAUUCUUCUUCUGGCGCUCAUCCUCCUCCUGGGGAUUAUUCUUCUUCCAGUGCUCAUCCUCCUCCUGGGGAUUAUUCUCCUUCCGGCGCUCAUCUUCCUCCCGGGGAUUAUUCUCCUUCCGGCGCUUGUCCUCCUUCCAGCGCUCAUCCUCCUUCCGGCGCUCGUCCUCCUCACCCCAACACUCAACAUCACUUCACUCCAACCAGCAGUCAACAUAGAUUGGGUCACGUCCCUCAGCCCUAUCAGAUGGGCCACCGCGAGGAGUACGCGCAGCACCCUCAGUUUCAAUUGCACAGCACGCCUCCCCCCUCUGACUCUCUUCUCGACGACGACGAGGACAUCCAUAUGCCGGAUUACUUUGGCCCCCUCGAUGAUGACGAGGGGAUGGAUUUUUCAUUCGGCGACCUACCACCACGAAUUCCCCCGGUGAUGCGUGAUUACCGGGAGGAAACUAAUGUUACCAUCCUCAAUAGUCCGCCUAGGCCUACAAGAUCUAAACGACCACCUCCUCCAUCAUCCCCAUCCCCCCCUAUCACUCCCCCGCCUCAAUCAGAGUUCAUUCUACCGCCGAAAUCGCAAACUGCCCUCCGUGACAGUCGCAGUUCCUUUGCGCUCGCUGAUCUGAAGAGACCAAGCACAGGGUCAGCCAAGCCUGUCUCUCGCCGCUCUUCAGGGUCGUCGCGGUCUAGGCCGCCGUCAACAUCAUCAGCGCCUGCGUCGACAUCUCCGACAUCUCAAAUUGCGUCCUCCGUGGGAGGACGCAAGCAGACAAAAAAGGCGCGGUCCGAUAUCCAGAGCCAGGUCGAUUUUCUCAAGGACGAGAUCGAGAAUGCGCAGUCGGAUAGGAUUACGAGGGAGGAACUGAAGAACGAGCGAUACCUGGUAAAGUACAACCUCGCGCGUCAGGUAAACGAGCACAAAUUUCUUAAGUCCGAACGUGCCGAUGAACAUGUGGAAGCCGCCGCUGCCCACCAACGUUCUUUGGAGGCAAAGAACUCCGAGAUCCGCCUCCGCGAGGCAGAGACCAAGAUGCAUGAUGCAUUGGCACAUGCACAUGCUGAGGAGGCGGCGACGCUCCGCCUUAAGAUUGAAUACGCCCGGCUUACUAAUUCUUCUGGGUCUUGA